AAAGAGAGAGAGAGAGAGAGAAUAGGGGAAGGAGCCCCAAUUCGCGACGCCAUUGACGCCCCCAGCAAGAAUACGGGAGGCGAGGAACACAUGCUCUCCUCCUCCCCUCGUGGAAGAUUGGAGUAGUUGGGGUGCUGCCAGGAAGAGCACGGAAAGCGAGACACGGGAGGAGAAGAGAGCAAAGCAGCCGGGCGGCCGUUCUUGCCGCGGCGGCGCCGUCUCUCGCUGCUGCCCCCUUCUCUCGCCUCGGGAGAUCGCAGAUUGGAGGAGGAGGAGGAGGAGGAGGAGGAGGAGGAGGGUUUGGGGGGAAUGGAUACUACCACUAGGGCCAAGAUCCCCUCCCUCCACCACCAGACGGAGAUCAACUGGGACAACCUUGACAAGACCAAGCUCUAUGUGGUGGGAGCCGGAAUGUUCAGUGGCGUGACCGUGGCGCUGUACCCGGUAUCGGUGAUCAAGACCCGGAUGCAGGUGGCCACUGGGGAAGCCGUGAGGAGGAACGCUCUGGCAACGUUCAAGAACAUUCUCAAGGUGGACGGAGUGCCGGGGCUGUACCGAGGGUUUGGGACAGUUAUCACAGGGGCCAUCCCUGCUAGGAUUAUCUUUCUUACGGCGCUCGAGACAACAAAAGCUGCCUCACUUAAGCUUGUUGAGCCGUUUAAGCUGUCGGAGCCAGUUCAAGCUGCCUUUGCCAAUGGCCUUGGUGGUUUGUCGGCAUCUCUGUGCUCACAGGCCGUGUUUGUGCCCAUCGAUGUGGUUAGCCAGAAAUUGAUGGUUCAAGGAUAUUCUGGUCAUGUUAGAUACAAGGGUGGACUAGAUGUUGCUCAAAAGAUUAUAAAGGCUGAUGGGAUUCGGGGGCUGUACAGAGGAUUUGGCCUGUCUGUUAUGACAUACUCACCAUCUAGUGCCGUGUGGUGGGCAAGCUAUGGGUCCAGCCAGCGCAUAAUUUGGAGUGCUUUUGAUCGUUGGAAUGAUAAAGAAAGUUCUCCUAGUCAGCUGACAAUAGUUGGUGUCCAAGCUACAGGGGGGAUUAUUGCUGGUGCAGUGACAUCCUGUGUCACGACUCCCAUAGAUACUAUCAAAACCAGACUGCAGGUUAAUCAAAAUAAGCCAAAAGCCAUGGAAGUAGUUAGAAGAUUGAUUGCUGAGGAUGGAUGGAAAGGUUUCUACCGAGGUUUGGGUCCAAGAUUUUUCAGCUCAUCAGCUUGGGGUACAUCAAUGAUAGUUUGCUAUGAAUACCUAAAGCGCUUGUGUGCUAAAGUUGAAGAACUCGUCAGUAGCUCCGCACUGCUCCGAGACCACCACCUCGCUGCGCAGCCGGAAAUCCAACGCACGAGGGGGAGGGGGGGCGAGAUGGACGCGGCGGUGCAGGAGGCGAAGCUGCUGCGGCAGGUGAACACCCUCAUCGUGGCGCACCUCCGCGACCAGAACCUCACGCAGGCCGCCUCCGCCGUCGCCGCCGCCACCAUGACGCCCCUCGCCCCACCCGACGACGACUCCUCCGUCGGCUCCACCCACCAGCUCCUCCGCCUCGUCGCCAAGGGCCUCGCGGUGGAGCGGGACGAGGCCGGGAGGGGAGGAGGAGCGUUCGACUCCGCCACUGCCACCGGAUACGGUGGGCUGUUGCCCCCGCCCGGCACCAAUGCCGUGGAUUUCAGUGUGCAGGAUGUUAAGGGUUCGUCCAAGAGCUUCCCCAAGCACGAGGCCAGGCACGUUUCCGAUCAUAAGAAUGUUGUCCGAUGUGCAAAAUUUAGUCCUGACGGGAAAUAUUUUGCAUCUGGGAGUGGUGACACAUCGAUUAAGUUCUUUGAGGUUGCUAAAAUAAAGCAGAUGAUGCUAGGAGAUUCCAAAGAUGGCCCUGUCCGGCCUGUAAUUCGUACAUUUUAUGACCACAUGCAGCCCAUCAAUGAUCUGGAUUUUCAUCCUGUGAACCCUAUACUGAUAUCUGCAGCAAAGGACAAUACAAUAAGGUUCUUUGACUUCUCAAAAACUGUUGCAAGGAAAGCAUAUAGAGUUAUUCAGGAUACUCAUAACGUUAGAUCUGUAUGUUUUCAUCCUUGUGGGGAUUACCUUUUAGCAGGGACUGAUCACCCAGUUGCUCAUCUCUAUGAUAUUAACACUUUCACAUGCUACUUAUCAGCAAAUUCACACAAUUCCAGUGCUGCCAUCAAUCAGGUUCGCUACUCUUCUACUGGGAGCUUGUAUGUGACUGCUUCUAAGGAUGGUUCUCUGCGUAUCUGGGAUGGAAUAUCUGCUGAAUGUGUUCGGCCCAUAAUCGGAGCACAUGCGUCUUCAGAGGUUACUAGUGCAGUUUUCACGAAAGAUGAGAGGUAUGUCCUAUCAUGUGGGAAGGAUUCUUGUAUAAAGCUAUGGGAAGUUGGCUCUGGUCGACUUGUCAAGCAAUAUGUAGGUGCUGUUCACAGGCAAUACCGAUGUCAGGCUGUCUUCAACCAAACGGAGGAAUUUGUACUAUCAACCGAUGAACAAAACAGUGAGGUUGUUAUCUGGGAUGCACUUACCUCUGAAAAUGUAGCAAGGUUGCCAUCUGGCCACACCGGUGCCCCAAGGUGGCUUGGCCACUCCCCUGUAGAACCAGCGUUUGUUACAUGCGGCAACGAUAGAUCCGUAAGAUUCUGGAAACAAACCGUGUAGAAAUGUAGAUCCACCAACCAAUCAACUCAGGAGUUGGUGGUAGAAUUAACUAAUGCAUUAGUAGUGAGCUUAAAAAACUUGCUCAUGUGUUGUCCCUUAAUUAUUUGAUCAGUUGUACACUUGUACAUGUUACUGAAGUUAUACACUGACGAUACUGUAGCCAACUUGGUAAGAAAAUUGUCUAUCGUUGGUAUUCAUUCAUUCAUGUGAGAAGAAUUCAGAACUUGAA